CAACCAUAGGAUCGGCGUUGUGUUAAAAAAGGGGGGUGAGGAGGAGGAGGAGGCGGAGGGGAGGUACAUAAAAAGUGACGAGCAGAGAAAACCAACUCCAGCACUUGUGGAAAAGCUCGUGGGUCCUCUGUUGGCGCGUGCAGGCAGCAUGGCGGAGAAACCUCCCCUGGACAGCGGCGAGACUCCAGCCUGGUUGGGUCAGUCUGAAACGCAGCUUACAGCGGGGCGAGAUCCAGAUGGCGUUGAGACAUGCGACGCCGACCGACCCGCGUGGGACUCUAAGGUCCAGUACGUGUUGGCACAGGUGGGGUUCAGCGUGGGCCUCGGCAACGUGUGGAGGUUCCCAUACCUUUGCCACCAAAAUGGAGGCGGGGCCUUCAUGCUGCUCUAUGUGUUUCUUUUAAUAAUUGUGGGAGUUCCGCUGUUUUUCAUGGAGUUGGCGGCUGGCCAAAGCAUUCGCCAAGGGAGCAUCGGCGUGUGGAAGCACAUCUCCCCGAAGCUGGCCGGGAUCGGCUACUCCAGCUGCAUUGUGUGUUUUUACGUGGCUCUUUACUACAAUGUUAUUAUUGCAUGGAGCCUGUUCUACAUGGGCAAUUCUUUUCAGUAUCCUCUGCCAUGGGAGCACUGUCCAUCUGAUGUAACCACCAACGACACAGUGAAAGAAUGCGCAGGUUCUUCCCCGACGUCAUAUUUCUGGUUUCGGAGAGCUCUUAACAUCACAAACUCCAUCGACGAAUCGGGAGAGUUGAACCCGAUCAUGACGGGCUGUCUGUUGGCGGCCUGGGCGAUCGUGUCUCUGGCGAUGAUCAAGGGCAUCAAGUCUUCUGCCAAGGUGAUGUACUUCUCCUCAGUCUUCCCCUAUGUGGUUCUCUUUAUUUUCCUCAUCAGAGGGUUGAUGUUGGACGGGGCCAUGGAAGGAAUCACCUUCAUGUUUUAUCCUAAAUUGGAAAUCUGGGGGAGCAUGCAGGUGUGGCGCCAGGCUGCUACACAAGUGUUUUUUGCCCUCGGACUCGGCUACGGCUCCGUCAUAGCAUACUCCUCCUACAAUCCCGUCCACAACAACUGCCACAGGGACGCGCUGAUGGUCUCAGGCAUCAACUUCGCGACGUCCGUUCUGGCCUCGCUGGUUGUUUUUGUCGUGCUGGGUUUCCGCGCCAAGAACAUCGCAUUACGCUGCGUGGCAAAAAAUCUUGGUCUUCUGAGCCUGAUGCCGUCCUUUGAAUCUGCUCAGCUCUUGGUUGGCCUGGGUCGACCCGGCAUCAACGUGACCGACCCGAGCUCUGUGUCUUUAGCUGAAUACAGAGAGUGGUACGGUCACCACAGCUCAGCGGUGGGUCCUAGCAUCACUGACUGCAGCCUGGAAGAGGAGAUGAAUAAGGGCGUCGAGGGCACAGGCCUGGCGUUCAUUGCGUUCACAGAGGUGAUGGCCCUGUUCCCCGCCAGCCCCUUCUGGUCCACCCUGUUUUUCCUAAUGCUGCUCAACCUGGGCCUCAGCACCAUGUUUGGGACCAUGCAGGGAAUCCUCACACCUCUCAUGGACAACUUUAGCCUUCUGGGCCGUCACCGGACGCUACUCACUGUGUCCAGCUGUGCUUUGGGCUUCUUGAUAGGAUUGCUGUUCACGCAGCGCUCCGGCAACUAUUUUGUGGCUAUGUUCGACGACUACUCUGCAACUCUGCCGUUGGUCAUCGUUGUAAUCUUUGAGACCAUUAGUGUGUCGUGGGUUUAUGGAACUGAUCGCUUCCUGGAUGACAUCGAAGUCAUGCUCAAUUGGCGCCCUCCAGUGGUGUACAAAUACCUUUGGAAAUAUGUUUGUUUGCUGUCGAUGGUUGGGCUUCUUACUGCAAGUUUGUUGCGGAUGUUCUUUAAAAGGCCCACGUACACCGCCUGGAACCAAACCACAGCCUCUGAGAUUACUCUCGAGUACCCCGGUUGGGCUCUCGGCAUGAUCAUCGCGCUGAUCGUCUUUGCCAGCUUGCCUGUGCCCAUUGGCUACGUCUAUUUCACGUUGAAAACGCCCAGAGCCGGCGACACCCGCGCCGAGGAGGCGGGUGGCCACGAGACGCACCGUGAGUUUUACACAAAGUGCAGCUCCACUGAGCAGCUGGAGUCCCCUCGCCGGGGCCCCACCGAGGAGGACGAGGCUCAUCCCAGGGCAGCCUUCCUGCCGACAGGCCACGAGAACUACCGACUCUUGCCCCAGCUGGAGGAGGAAGAUGACGAUGACGAUGAUGAUGAACAGGAUACAGAAGUUUGAACAUGGCUUUGUGAGGAUGAGAUGAUUAUAUGUUGGACUUCAGAUGAAGUGCACGGGUAGAAGACCCCGUAAGAGAGGCAUAAACAUACGAAUUUUUGUGUUGCAUAGACAUCAAAAACUAACACGCUGCUGUAUUUGAUAAAGCGAAAGGAUUGAUGGAAGGUUCUACAGUAGGAAAGUGACUUGUCAUUGUCUUUAGUUUCUGCCGGUGUCGACCGGCUCUUUGAGGAUCACAGCGAUGGACAAAAAUAGGCUUUAUAAUUGUUUUAUCUGUGCCUUAGGAUGUAAACAUUCUAGUGUGUGUGUGUAUAUUUGUGAAAAUGUAUGUUUAUUUUUGUUGUAACAUAGUGUGGAUUUGAAAAUAACUAAAAAACUUUAUUUUACAUUAUAUUUGUAUGAUUUUACCUCACAAGACCACAGACAUGUUUUCAAAUGUAAAAUGUGUGUUCAGUGGAGCAUGAUUGUACUGUACUAGGACUCAGUAAACCUCUAGAUGGCAGCAACCUGACUGAAUGGUGUUUUCCUUUUUUUUAAAUCCAUACUUUACCUUUGAAUCCUAAAAUUGUUUGCGCUUUCUUAAGUUAAAUAUAGUAUUUAUAUAUAUGUUUAUGGGUUAAGAAAACAUUUUGUGGGUUUCUUUUUGCUAAUUUGUCACAGACCUGAAGACCCUUUUACAGAAUACUUUGGGUUGAGCGUCAUAAAUUUUAACAUUUUGGCUGCCAAUACAGUUCUCUUCACUAUGUUGUUAUGCAGAUUUCAUA